CGCCCGCCAGAGCCACACAAAAGCACCCGCACAAGUGCAGCACCUCGUCCAUACCCCACACAUGGCCGCCCCUUCCCCGCUCCAGCAGUCGCACCGCGCACCUCGCUCCGACGCAGGCUCGGAAACUGAGGACGACGACGACCACCUCGCCGCCUCGUCCUCGGCCCAGGGCUCGUCCCAGAAGGACUCGACCACCGUCCAGACCGUCGCCAGCCGCCUCGCCGAACUCGCCUUGAUCCCCGAGGUCGACGUCGACCUCGAGCACCUCCACGCCCUCUCGCCAGAGGUCAUCUCCAAGCAGGCCACCAUCAACAUCGGUACUAUCGGUCAUGUCGCCCACGGAAAGUCGCAGACCGUCAAGGCCAUCUCGGGUGUCCACACCGUCCGCUUCAAGAACGAGCUCGAGCGCAACAUCACGAUCAAGCUCGGCUACGCCAACGCCAAGAUUUACAAGUGCGAGAACCCGAGCUGUGAGCGGCCAGGGAGCUUCCGCUCGUACUCGUCGGACAAGGAGGACCACCCGCCGUGCGAGGUUCCCGGAUGCGGCGGCACGAUGAAGCUCUUGCGCCACGUCUCGUUCGUCGACUGCCCGGGUCACGACAUCCUCAUGGCCACCAUGCUCAACGGCGCCGCCGUCAUGGACGCCGCGCUCCUCCUCAUCGCCGCCAACGAGUCGUGCCCGCAACCGCAGACGUCCGAGCACCUCGCCGCGAUCGAGAUCAUGAAGCUCAAGCACAUCCUCGUCCUCCAGAACAAGGUCGACCUCAUCCGCGAGCAGCAGGCCGACGAGCACCACCAGCAGAUCCUCCAGUUCGUCAAGGGCACCGUCGCCGACGGCGCCCCGAUCGUGCCCAUCUCGGCCCAGCUGCGGUACAACAUUGACGCGCUCGUCGAGUUCAUCGUCAACAAGAUCCCGGUCCCCGUGCGCGACUUUGCGACGGCGCCGAAACUCAUCGUCAUCCGCUCGUUCGACGUCAACAAGCCCGGUGCCGAGGUUCACGAGCUCAAGGGCGGUGUCGCCGGUGGCUCGCUCCUCAAGGGUGUCCUCAAGCUCGGCCAGGAGAUCGAGGUCCGCCCGGGUGUCGUGUCCAAGGACGCCGAGGGCAAGAUCAACUGCAAGCCGAUCCGGAGCAAGAUCGUGUCGCUCCUCGCCGAGAAGAACGAGCUCAAGUUUGCCGUCCCCGGUGGCCUGAUUGGUGUCGGCACGCUCAUCGACCCGCAGCUCACUCGUGGCGACCGCCUCGUCGGCCAGGUCCUCGGCAGCAAGGGCUCGUUGCCCUCGAUCUACACCGAGAUCGAGGUCAACUACUUCCUCCUCCGCCGGCUGCUCGGUGUCAAGACGGACGACAAGAAGCAGACCAAGGUGCAGAAGCUCGCCAAGAACGAGGUCCUCAUGAUCAACAUUGGCUCGACGUCCGAGGGUGGGCGUGUCCUGUCGGUCAAGGCCGACCUCGCCAAGAUCCUCCUCAACACGCCGGCAGCGACCGAGCUCGGCGAGAAGGUCGCCCUCUCGCGCCGCAUCGACAAGCACUGGCGCCUCAUCGGUUGGGGUUCGGUCCGUCGUGGUGCCGAGUUCGACCUCGGCGAGAACUACUGAGCGUGCUCGUCGUCGUCGUCGUCCCCCUCCUCUUUGCCGCAGCUUUCCCUCUCUCCUCGUUCGUCUUGCGCCUCGCCGCACGUGCUUGUAAUAGUUACACCCACCCCCGCGCAACCGCUGUAUCACCCUACCCUCGUC